GACAAACAAAGCCUCCCUUCAACACAGUGGUUUUGGCGGGUCGCGUUUUAUUGGCUCUCGAUCCACCAAUCAAUGACGUACUUUUCUCCGCGCGCGCACGCACUCACCCCUGGCUGACGCGACGGUGCUAAUUUUCCUCUGCAGCUAUCGUCAAUACGAGUUAAUUCGGAGGGGUGUGUAUGGUUAAGGUAGUGGCGAAUACGUGAAACAAGACGUGGAACACGUAAAUAACAUCUCAAACAACUGGGGAAAACCCACCGUUUUAUCCUGUUUAAAUACACACUCACUGCUGUCACCUGGCAACAAGCGCGAGCCACUACUAAUCUGACCUAAAUGUCACCACCGCUAAACAUUUCUUAUUAGGAUCCAGAAGGCGACUGUUUCGUCAGAGUCCGAAAGCGAGACUUGGAGAGGCUGUGCACUGAGGUCAUGCAGCUAAGGGAAUUUCUGCCUAAAGUCAUUAAUGGUGAUUUUCUGGAUGCCCUGAACAAAGCUCGCUCUCUGGAGAAAUUUCGAGAGCAGAGUCAGCAGGAGCACCAGCAGCUGAAACAGGAGUGUUUGCACCUCUACUCCCGUCUUGAUGCAGCACAGUCUGAGUGCCAGAGAGAGAAAGAGGAGAAACUAGUUCUAAGGGAGCGUUUAUGGGAGAGCCGUGAGCAGCUGCAGCAACAGGCAGAGUUCUGUACAGGCCUGGGUGCCUCCACCUGCACUGUACUCUGGAGCGCUUCCCGUAGAGAAGAAGCUGUACGGGACAUACUGGCUGAUGGAAAGCUGGAACCAUUCCUUAGUGUUGCAGGUCAAACCCUGGAGAGUUUCGUUAAAUCUCUGGACGAGGAAGAAAAACCCCAGCAGCAAAACUACAAUUCCCAUGAGCACCAGUUUGUGCUAGCACUGGCUGGUGUCAUCACUAAUCUGGCGGCUGUUACUUGUGGGAGAGACUUCAUUUCUAGCUCUGCGCAUGUCUUGUUGGACACAAUUAUGCAGCUGCUUGGGUUAAUGAAGUCAGGGGUAUUUCCAAAGCUUAAAGUGCUGAUGCUGAUGGCUUUAUACAACGUCAGCCUCAGCAUAAAUGGACUGACAUACAUCAGCGAGAGUCCUGCACUCCUGCCUCUUAUAUGUACUCUGCUUGAAGACCGGGACAUAGAAGUAUGUCUGCAGGCCCUACGGCUGCUCCAGUCUCUGCUAGUGGAGGGUGACAUAUUGGCCCAAAUCAGCCCAGACCUCCAGCAUACCAUUCCAGUGGAGAGGAUCCGUCAGCUGUCCUCAAGCCGCCACUCCGCCCUCAAACAAGCGGCCCAGGAGUUGUUGGAGGACAUCAAAUGCUUCACCAAAACUGGUCACACAACAACAGAAAAAGAGCAGUGAUGACGCAGACACCUACAGACCUUGUCCUAGUCCUGUUCCAUAUACACUGAUGUUCUGCUUUAUCUGUAGUCAAUGUGAUCAGUUAAAAAGGGUCAGAGGUCACAGGGCCCAUUGACUUAGGGGUGACCUCCUGGGUGGUCUAGGAAAUAAUAAUAAUGGUAAAAAUAGCUAAUGUUUAUUUCUGUUAAGAGUUGUACUGGUUAAGGCUAGCAUGUAUUUUUACGUUUAUACAUUUUUGUAAUGUAUGACUGUAAUUCAACCAAUGCUGGAUAUGUGUUCUUAUUUUCAUGUUCUGCAUAUUACUAGGAUUUUUUAUGUUUUGAAUA